CUCAUCGAUGUUGCGCGAUUAAAAACCGGUUUACCUUUUCAUUAAUAUUUCUCGAUUUACAUGCGUGCGAUGUGUAUACGUUUCCGUGAGAUAAACAGAAUGAGUUUUUUGCGCUAAUUGCAAAUACUACGAGCCUUUAAAUAAGACGAUUGCACUGAAAUAACGCAAUAUUCGCAUCAUCUUUAUAUAACUAAUUGCAAGCAUCCGGUUAUUUAAGUCGAACUAUAACGUUUGAGGAAAUAAAAGGAAAAUCUUGUUACGCUAAACGAAGAAUGUUGGCUCACAUAAUACGGCUCAUGUUUCCAUGGAUAACAUCGCGCCUUCGUGUUCUGGGAAUAUCCAUGGUUUUCUGAUUGCUCGACGAAUCAUAACGCGCGCGAUGGACCGUCUGGCAGCUAUCCAGUUGUAGGUGAACCAGACUUUUCGAUUAGCAUAAACGGAAAAGUGGUAGUGGGCAGUGACGUAGGUAAUCGGAAGAAACUUGUAAUAGCGGGGCGCUCGACCGGCUCUGAUACCGGUACUGGAGAAACGACCUGUACGGUACUGUACAGAAUAUACACUUACCAUUCUGCGUAGUUGCAGUGUAGUUCCGAUCGCGGACACAGUCGAGGCCAGGAUUUUAGAAAGGUCUGCUACAUUAAGAUAUCGGAGGAUCGGGUUCCCUCGUAAUUCGGUAUAGGAAAGACGCGAGUGACGUUUUGUAGUAGAUAUAGUUUGUUUCAUAAGUCUGCGAAAAAAAAAUCAUCAGAAGCGAUGAAGGUCUCGUUAAGUUUGAUUUUUUUUCUCUUCGAAUUGUUCGAUCAUAUCGAAGGUUCUAAUCUGGAGGUAGCUUAUCAAUGGAAAUACCUGGACUGGGUUCGCCCGGCCGUUCGUUUGACCGGAAGAAAUUUUACUCUCGGCAACCCAUUUACUCAAGACGUUGACGUCGAUAGACACGGACGGAUAUUUGUCACGAGUCCACAAUGGUUACACGGUACUCCGAUCUCUCUUUCUGUGCUGAGCAACGUAAAUGGCCCUGGUGGUCCUUUGUUAAUACCUUAUCCUAACUGGAAAUGGCACACAGCGGCGUCCGGUUGCGACAGCAUUAUAUCCGUGUACAGAUUGGCGAUAGACGAGUGCAAUCGAUUGUGGGUCGUGGAUACUGGAAGGAUGGGAAAAAAUGCCGUCUGUCCUACGAAGAUCCUGAUAUUCGAUUUAGACAGGGAUGAAUUGAUCCACAAAUACGUAGUACCCGCUGAUCAGGUGUUGUAUGGGAAGGCGGCCUUAGUCACGCCGAUCGUGGACAUCGGUAAGACGUGCCUCGACGCGUACCUCUACGUUGCCGACGUUGAUCAGAACGGCAUUUUCGUGUACGAUCUUUACAAAAAUUAUUCUUGGCGACUUUCGAACACGGCCGGCAACGCUUUUGGUCCGGACAAGGAUGCCAUGAACAUCACGAUUGCCGGCGAGUCGUUCGAUCUGACCGACGGAACCCUUGGUAUGUCGCUCUCGCCAGUCGGAUUUUACGAUCACAGAUAUCUAUAUUUCAACUCGCUCGCUAGUUAUUACCAGAAAUUCAUGGACACGCUUUCGCUGAAGGAGAGCGAAUUCCAGGAGCCUGUUAUAUUUCGUUCGAAUUACAAACGAGCUAGCCAGGCCGGCGUACAGGCGACUUCCCGACGAGGCGUUAUAUUUUUUCAACUCGUCCAAUUAACGGCUAUCGCCUGUUGGGACAUAGAGAAACCAUUCGCCCCUGAGAAUAUCGUUAUAAUUUCUCAAGACGAGGAAACUUUGCAAUACGUUAGCGGAAUUAAAGUGAUCACGAACAAGUACGGCGAAGAGGAGCUGUGGUUCAACACGAACAGACUGCAAAAAACGAUCAACAUGACGUUGAAGCCGACAGAAACGAACUUUCGUUUGAUCAGGGGUAAGGUAGACGAUAUAAUCAGGGCCACCAGAUGCGAGCCUUCGCCAUCGUUGAGACAUAGAGCACCCGAUAUGACAUUUUGGCAUCAAAUAUGACGUCAUAUGAAAAUAGAUACUUUUCUUUUUUCCUUUAAUGUAACAUCAAAUUUACUUGAAAUAAAGCAUAUCGAGUACGUCUUUUAAAUUCUUCAGGAAACAGUGUCAAGUUGCUUUCGCAUCGCUUGAUUUUAGAAUUACGUUUCCACAGAUAGCAAUUCUGCGGUUAUAACUAUUGACACUAACGAGCCACGUUUAUGGCCGCUACAUCAACCAUAGAGUACACGAAUGCAGCUAGUCACGGACGCGAUUCUCUCUUUCUCUUUCUCUCUCGUUCCUUCUCCGUAGUCUAGAUUCGUUCUCUAUUCGUUUACAAGAAUAUCGCGUGCAAAGUGCUUUCAAGGCUUUUCCAAACGCUGAAUGUAGUAUCCAAAGCGGAAGAACAUCCGACUAUCCACGAGAAUAGGAUAGGGCUCAUUGACAGAGAUAGUUUGUAUCCGAGAGAAAGAGGGAGAGAAGGGAGAAGCAAUGUCUGCGAGUGACAGGUAACAUAUAGUAAUUUAGUUAACCGUUUCAUUGCUGCCUUUUGAGAUGUAACGAUAGAGUCUGUCGGUGACAGGGUCGUCGCUUAGAGAGCUAAUGUUUCGAACGACAUAGCUUUGUGAUAAGACAGAGAAUUUGGAUAGUGGCUGGAAGGAGCGUGUUGGUAGGGACGUUUUGGUGGCGUUGUUAAAGUUUGUGGACUACGGAAGCGCCGCGGCGUGCUUCUUGCCAGGGAUUUGAGUAAGUUUUAUCGAGCUUUUGGAUACCGCUUCUCUCUAUUCUCUUCUAGCACCUCUCCUCGUUCCUAGUAACUGGGGGGAUGGAGAAGGGCAAAGGGGAUAUAAUAGUGGCCCACCUAGCGGCGGAAGAGCUCGUCGUUGGGAGGUGGGACAAAUGCGCAUUCACGAGGAAUUGUUCGCGUUACUCUCGCGGUACCCUGGGGAUACCAAUAGGGCGCGCAAUUCCGCGAAACUCGUGUCACCUAUUUCUCUUUCUAUGGCGCGGUUCGGCGUGUGACUAAUGGCGGCAUAUUCAUAGUGCAACCUCCAACCUCUUUUACCUUCCCUCCUUCCACUUUUCUCUCUCUCUCUCUCUCUCUCGCCCACUCGCUUCGCGCUCUCUUAC